AUGGACGACGAUGAUGAUGUCCCGCCUCUGCUGGUCGCUGUGGACACUGACGAUGGAGAUACGCCGGUGGCAACAUUGACGUCUGAACUGAAAAAUACAUCUGUCACUAAGGUGCCAAUCACUAUUAUCACUGGCUACCUCGGCGCUGGUAAGACAACAUUACUCAACUACAUUCUCACAGCUCGGCAUGGGAAGAAAAUUGCCGUCAUACUGAACGAAUUCGGCAACAGCACCGACAUAGAAAAAUCACUCACGGUCAACCAAGGAGACUCCUCCGUAGAACAAUGGCUCGAACUCUCCAACGGCUGUAUAUGUUGUUCAGUCAAGGACAGCGGUGUCAAUGCCAUCGAGUCCUUAAUGGACAAACAGGGCACCUUCGACUACAUCCUUCUCGAAACUACUGGUCUAGCGGACCCAGGCAAUCUCGCACCAGUCUUUUGGGUGGAUGAAGGGCUGGGAAGCACGAUCUAUCUGGAUGGGAUUGUGACGCUUGUGGAUGCGAAGAAUGUUCUAAGGUGUCUUGAGGAGCCGACUGGAGAGGAGGCUGUGCGUCAUGAUGGGGAGGAGCGACAUGGGCAUGGGCCUGGCCCGCUGAUGUCGACAGCUCAUCUUCAGAUCUCGCAUGCCGAUGUCAUCGUUAUCAACAAGGCUGAUCUCGUUACUGCUGAUGAGUUGACUGCUGUGCUUGAUAGACUAAAAUCGAUCAACGCUCUUGCGCAGACUCAUAUCACAGACCACAGCAAGAUACCGGAGCUUGAGGGUCUAGUACUUGAUCUACAUGCUUAUGACAGGGUCGAUGCUGCAAGCCUAGACUUUGCAAGCAAAGGUCAUAGUCAUCUAGACCCAGCCAUUGGUACCAUUACCCUCGACCUGCCAGCACUCACAGACUGCAAACUCAAGCAGCUCGAUGCUUGGCUGAGAUCUGUGCUCUGGGCGCACGACCUGCCAGGACAUACUCCAGUGGCAGAUUGGGAGGUCCACCGAAUCAAAGGACGUCUGGCUUUUCUCGACGGCCGUAGAAAGAUGCUGCAAGGUGUGCGAGAGAUCUUCGAGAUAUUUGAUGGUGAGAAUAGCAACGGUCCUUCCGACGUGGGCAAGAUCGUCGUGAUUGGCCGCAAUGUUGGCAAUGCGGAAAUAGCACAGGCUUUCCAGACAAGCCUAUCUGGAGCGCUAGUUGCUGGAUGA